CCACCUCCUGCAGUCCUUCCAGCCAAUUAAUCAGGCAGCAGCAAGUUAAACGGAACCCACAGAACUAAGAUAUGGAGGACUACUACUACUUCCCCGACUCCUUGGAGACGACCGCGGAAAUCGGCACAAGCUUCCGAGUCGUGCACUCCUCGUCCCACAAGCGGAGCUCGCCGUCGCCUAGGCCCCGGCGCACGUCAUCCCGCCGCCUGGAAGCCGAUGAACUUCGCCGCCACUACCUCCACGCCUGCUUCCGGUGCGCGCGCGUUCUUGCCGGAAACAGAGACAUCUUCAUGUACAGAGGCGACACCCCGUUCUGCAGCGAGGAGUGCCGGCAGCAGCAGAUCGACACUGACGAGGCGGCGGAGAAGGGAUCUAAGAAGUCCGUGGCCGCGAAGAGGGAGCAGCAGACGCAGCAGCACCCGCACAGAGUGCCCAUUUGGGCUCGCUAGAAGCAUGGAUCAAUCAGAUGGCUACACACCAAAUACGAAAUACCUCUAUGCAUUUAAGCUACUCCAGCUUCUUCGGUGGUACUGUGUGAUCGGACGAGACGGCUGGCAUGCAUGAUGAACAGCUUGAUGGAGCCGGUUAAACCGUAUUGGAAUCCUGCUCUAGCUCGGAGGCAGAGAAUUGCUGUAUAUGAAUCCACAGGGAGAUACUAGAGGAUUGCUGUUUGCAGCGAGUAACUGUAGGCUGUAGCACCAAGUUGAAAAAAUCCAACAGUUAUUCCCCC